ACUUGGGCGUUGUACUCCGCAUCUCAUUUGCGGCGGGGCCAAUUUCUCCAUUUACAAACUCCGCUCGGGAAAAAAUAGCAACAAUUCCCGUUUCUUUUGCGUCUUUAGCUUCGUUUUUGUGCGCGCUCCCACGUCCCUCCGCGGCCCCUCGCUGCUGUUCGCCGGAUUCGGGCUCGGUGCGAAGACACAGCUGCAGAAUCCUCGGUUGGAAGCUUGCGCUCUUUGUUCAUUCAUUUGAUCGGUUGGCUUCCUUUGUUGGAGCAAAAGCAUGGGAGCACAGACCUCCAAAGGCGCUGCGAAGGACGAGGCUGCCGGGGCGGAAGGAGCCGUAGUCGCCGCCAAAGCCAACGGACAGGAGAACGGACAUGCCAAGACCAAUGGAGACGCGUCUCCCACUGCACAGGAGGCCAAGGACGUCCAGGCCAACGGCAGCACUCCCACUGAGGAGGCCCCCAAAGAGGAUGGGGAGAAGGCCGAGGCCGCAGCAGAGCCAGAGAAGGAAGCCGCUGCUACCAAUGGAGACACCUCCAAACCAGAGGAGGGCACCUCCUCCACUAGCGACGACAAGCAGAAGAAGAAGCGCUUCUCCUUCAAGAAGCCUUCCUUCAAGCUGAGCGGCUUUUCCUUCAAGAAGACCAAGAAGGAGUCUGAGGAGGCUGCGGAAGAGGGUGGAGCUGCUGCUGCGGAGGAGGGAGACAAGCCUGCCGAGGAUGCCCCAGCAGACGAGACCAAACCUGCAGAGGCUGCUGCAGAAGAACCAGCUCCAGAGGCCAAAGCUGAGGAAGCCAAGCCCCAAGAGGAGGCCAAGACAGAGGAGGCCCCCGCAGAGAAGAGCCCUGAGCCUGCCCCUGCUCCAGCCGAGCCAGAGACGGCAGCCAGCCCCGAGACCCCCGCCCCGGCCACAGAGUAAACCCCCCAACCUGGAGGAAGGAGCAGAGCGCUGGAGGAGUAGAGCGCAGAAGGAAGGAAGGAAUGGAAGGACUUGUCUAAAACCAGGGACUUUUUUUGUUUGUUUUCGUUCCCUGCAAAGACAAACAUCUCCACGUUUAAAUGACUCAAAUGAACACGUGUCCAUCUGGAUUUCACUAGUUUAGAUUGAUUUACUACAUCUGGAACUUUGGCUAGAUUUCCUUCUUAUUUAAAAGGCUAAAUAAUCUACCAAUGAAACACUUUUUACCUUGAAAUAAGAAAUCAAAAUCUUGAAAUCAGCCUUUAUUCUAGAUCUAGUAAGAAAAUAAAUCUAGUCAGAACUCAAAUCAAGAUCGACACUGUGAAUUCAAGUCAUUUAAACCGCUGCAGAUGUGCGUCUUUGCAGAUUUGGUGUUCGUUUACUGUUGUCUCAUCUUCAGAGUGACUGGCAGAGUGAGUGGAUGGGCGCGUGAGUGAGUGGGUGCUGCGCCCGCGGGUGCCCUGCUCGCGGGUGCCCGGGUGAGCGAGCGAACGCAUGAGUGAAUGAGUGUUUUUUCUACAUGAAACCAUGAUUGUGUGACACGUUGCUGAAUUUGACAUAUUUAAUCCAAGUAUUCGGUGCUGGCCAAUUGGAUGUAGCAACAGAAGCGUUAAGGCACAUGUUAUAUUUAAAAGGGAACUACCCGAGAAAAAAACCUGUCUUUAUAUGUUGUCUUUUCGCAGUGCACAGCCGUUUACAAUUACCGCGCUCCCUGGACACGACUAUAUUGAACAAAAGUAGAGUUUAGUCCAAAAAAAAAAAAAUCUGUAGGUGCUCGUUGCGUUACCGUUUAGAAUCCACCAUAGUGAGUACUGCACGCUGUAUAGACUUUGAUAUUACCGGUUUUAUGGCUGAGAUGUACCUAAAUGACUGAUGUUUUUAACAGAUGACCCAUUGUAAAUGACGUUUUCUUGUUUUUCACCAUUUGUAAGAUUGAAUAAAAUUGGGAGAUGUUUUAAGCAAACCCUGGAUCAAAA